ACGCGGCGCAUCGGUGUCUGCAGCAUCCCCGCGUGGCUACUGUAGUUGCUGCCCGCCCCACCUUUCCGUCCCCUCCCUUGUCCCGCCCUCACCUCCACGCGGGACUCCACAUUCAUCCAGCUCUGCGUACUUUGCCCUUCCUUGGCAGCGGAUGAGAAGGGUCUGAGGAAAUCGGGGACGCGAGCACUCACUGCCAGCUCUUGCCUUUAAAUACACGGCCGCGAGGAGGCCCUCGCACAUUGAGUUCAGAAGCCGACACAAUCUCGCGCUCGCGAGUCCCAGGCGCCCACAAAGCUUCCGACCGCAGAGCGAAGAUCUUCUCACUCCAGCGCGUUCCGGAUCCCAAGUCCACCGUCUUUCCCUGCGCUUCCAAACUCCAGUCCUCACUCUCGGCCUCUGACGCGAUCCAGCAACCCAGAGGCCAGAGAAGAUGCCCGCCCACUUGCUACAAGAGGUCUCCAGCUCCUACACAAACACAACCGCUACUGUCACCACACCCCACUCCAGGCUCCCACAGGGUGCAGAGGACAAGCUGGGGAAGAACCCCCUGCCCACCGAGGAAGACAUCCGUCCUGAGUUCAAAGAUGACAUCUAUGACCCCAGCUACCAGGACGAGGAGGGCCCCAGGCCCAAGCUCCAGUAUGUCUGGAGAAACAUCAUCCUCAUGGCUCUGCUACACAUCGGAGCCCUGUAUGGGAUCACCUUGGUGCCCAGUUGCAAGUUCCACACCUGGCUCUGGGGGAUAUUCUAUUACUUAGUCAGUGCCCUGGGCAUCACAGCAGGAGCACACCGUCUGUGGAGCCAUAGGACUUACAAAGCCCGGCUGCCCCUGAGACUCUUCCUGAUCGUUGCCAACACCAUGGCCUUCCAGAAUGAUGUGUUUGAAUGGGCCCGAGACCACCGCGCCCACCACAAGUUCUCAGAAACCGACGCCGAUCCCCAUAACUCCAGACGUGGCUUCUUCUUCUCUCAUGUGGGCUGGCUGCUGGUGCGCAAACACCCGGCCGUCAAGGAGAAGGGCGGGCUGCUGGACCUGUCUGACCUCAAAGCUGAGAAACUGGUGAUGUUCCAGAGAAGGUACUACAAACCUGCUGUCCUGCUGAUGUGCUUCAUCCUGCCCACGUUCGUGCCCUGGUAUUUCUGGGGUGAAACUUUUCAACACAGCUUGUAUGUGGCCACUUUCCUGCGUUAUGCUUUAGUGCUCAAUGCCACCUGGCUGGUGAACAGCGCUGCCCACAUGUAUGGAUAUCGCCCGUAUGACAAGAACAUUCAAUCCCGAGAGAAUAUCCUAGUUUCUCUGGGAGCUGUGGGUGAGGGCUUCCACAACUACCACCAUUCCUUUCCCUAUGACUACUCCACCAGCGAGUACCGCUGGCACAUCAACCUCACCACAUUCUUCAUCGACUGCAUGGCUGCCCUGGGCCUGGCUUAUGACCGGAAGAGAGUAUCCAAGGCUGCCAUCUUGGCCAGGAUUAAGAGGACUGGAGAUGGAAGUCACAAGAGUGGCUGAGUUUUGAGAUCUUCAUCUUCUUUUCCAAA